UAAUAAUAAUAAUAUAAAAAAAAAAAGAGAAGAAAAAGAGAGGGAGACGUCGACCAACGACAACAAACAUAUCUCAGAGUCUCAACGGUGAAAAAUGGAAGCUAAAGAGGAAGUUAUUUCUGUUGAGCUGCCAGCUCCUCCUGCUUGGAAGAAAAUGUACUUGCCAAAGAGAGUAGGUACACCAAGGAAGAGUGAAAUCAUAUUUAUUGCUCCAACUGGGGAAGAGAUUAGUACCAGGAAACAAUUGGAGCACUACCUAAAAUCACAUCCUGGUAAUCCUGCAAUAUCAGAGUUUGAUUGGGGUACUGGUGAGACGCCUAGGAGAUCAGCAAGAAUCAGUGAGAAGGCCAAGGCAACUCCAACGCCCGAUAAGGAGCCCCCAAAGAAGCGAAGCCGAAAAUCAUCAGGUUCAAAGAAAGAUAGUAAGGAAACAGAGUCUGCCUCUGAAAAAGGUGAAGGUGAGAAAGAAACCCAAAUGCAAGAUGCGGAGGGAGCUGAAAAGGAAAAUUCAAAAGCAGGAAAAGAGAAUGAUGUUGCCAAGGACAAUCAGAUACAGGAGGGAGAUAAAGAAGAAGCUCGCCAGACAAAGAAUGUUGACAGCAAAAUAGAAGAAGAUACUCAAGGGGAAGUUAAUAAGGAUGUGAAGAUCCAAGAGGAUGCUUGUGAAGAAAAAGAAAGAAAGAAUGAUCAUGAAGGAGCUGAGGAUACCCAGCAAUCAAUUGAAGUUCAAAAGCAGGGAAAUGCAGAGGCAGCAUUGAAGAACAAAUCUGCCGAAGAAGCUGCUUCUGGUGAAGGCUCUGCAGGAAAGGAGCCACAAACUGAGGUGGAGAAAGAGACUGUCCCAGGUGACAAGAGGGAUAUACCGGAUGCUGUGACUGUGGAAGCAAAUGGGGGAGCAGAGAAAAAGAAUGCUAACGGAGCUGCCCCUGCAUCUGAGGUAGAGAUCACAGAAAAACCAGAUAUACAGGAGAAUGAUGCAGAGCGUAACUUCUCUGUAGACGGGAAAGUGAAGACUACAGAUGGGGAAAUCACAGAAAGUGGUAAGGUCAGCCAAACAGGGCAAAUUGAUGCCCUGCAAAAUCCAGCUCCUCCUGUGAGCUGCUGAAUGUAAUGCACUAUUGUCCAUGAUGUGUUGUCCACUUAUCAUAGCUCUUGCCUAUUUUAGUUUGGUGACUUCUUGGAUUUCUGGGAUGACUUUAAGUCUGUAACAUUAGUGUCGUCGCAGCUAGAUGUCAUUGUAUGUUGAUGCUAGAUUUUAAUGUAUGUAGGUAAAUUAUAUAUCACCUCAGAGUAGGUCGUAUUGCCUCAGCUUCUAUUACAUUGUGCAGGAACUCAAGAUUGUAGACUUCUGAACUGUUCUCAAAUGUAUGGUUAGCAACUAAAAUAAAUAUUAUGUGCUUUUGCUGCUGCUUUA